UUGGAUCAAAUUGCUGAGCCUUGAGCUGAAAAUUAAAUGAAAUACCUGGCUUCCUUAAUUUAAUAUGUUGAUAAUUGUCAAAUGUGUACAGGGUAUGCAUAGUUGAUUUUAACAAAUGAGUGUGUUAUGACUCAAUUUUGAAUAUCAUCAGAUUAUUUUGAGGAUGUGUGUGAGAAAGAGAGUGAGUUAGAGAUCUUUUACUGGAAUAGGGAAAACUUCAGAGUAGGCAUGCUUGAAGAGCAAGGACUGUGCUCUCAGUAGUGGUACCUUAGUUCACAAACUUCAUUCUUUGCACAAUUUUGGUCAUAAACUGAUUUGGAUAAGGACCAAAUCAAAUUCAGUGGUUAGGUUCAGUGUUGACUAUAUGGGAAAACUUGAUUUGGUUCUCAUCCAGUUUGGUUUGCAACUAGAAGUGUGGAGAGGAUCGAGUUCGUGAACUGAGGCACCGCUGGUAUUGGUAGGAAAGCACUGAGGUCAGUUCUUGGACCAGAAAGACUGUUUGUUAAUGUAGUAUUUAUUAAAGAAAUGCAGAAAUGCCCAUGAAUAAGUAAUUGCUAGUACCAAAAGUCAUUCGAGGUGCUAUGGAUUGUUUAAUAAGUUAUAAUACAAGCCAAUCUAUGCGGCACAUUUUUUAAGAAAUUCAUUUUCUAAGAAAGCAAACUUAUAUUAGCUCAGUUGAUUUUAAAGAACUUAGGUUAGGGCCGGGGAUUAGCUCAGUGGUGCUGUGCCUGAAUGGCGUUGAGUGGCCUCAGUAGCACAAGGUCCUGAGUUUGAUUCCUAUACCCCCCCCAAAAAAGAAAAAAAGUAACCCAGUUUAAGCUUGAUACAUAGGCUCCUCUUCAAAAAUGCUUCACAAACCUUUAAAGGAAAUAGUAUAUGGCCAAGACAAAGUCUCAUUUUUGAGAAGAACUAGAAUCAUAGUAUUUAAGUUUUUACUAUAUAGUUAAUUGGAGAGUAUGUUGUUUAUGCUGCUGUGAAUUGAAGUGGCACUGAUUACUCAUGACACAUGGACUCAGUAAAAUAAGAUAUGUAAAACAUGUUGCAAGUAGUUACACACGAAUAAGCUUGUAUAUCUGUAAGUUUUGUAUAACUGUGUAUUACAGAUGUUCCCUAAUCUAUGACAGGUUUACAUCUCAUUAAGCACUAAAGUGAAAAUACCGUAAGUCAAAGUUACAUUUAAUACAACUAGCCAAUGCAACGCUAUGCAUUUAAUGCCCUAGAAAAUAGUAAAGGUUGUUCCUGACCGACUGGGGAGCCCUAGUCCAGACUCAGGAUGGACUAUCCUAAUGUCUGCUAACCCAGGAAAAGAUCAUAAUUUAAAGUAUGAUUACAACUGGAAAUCACAUUGAACCAUUUUAAGUUGAGGACUGUCAGUGUAUUUACUUUUAAAUGAUUCCUGGUAGGAUUAGGAAAAUUUCAGAACUUUUGAGGUGUUGCUAAAAUUAAUAAAGUUUCCCAGUGCAUUCAGCUUACAACUGUUGCCCUCCAAAAAUGAGUCUAUUAGCAAAUUUAUACUGAUCCUAGCCUCCUUGCAUUCUUUAGGGCCAGCGUUUUCUCAAACUGAACUUACAGCUCUUGUUCUUGUGCUUCCUCCCAAAUAAUCUGACGAGAACAUUCCGAUUUGUGGGCAGGACUUCGUAAUACCUGUGAUGGUUUUCUAAACCUUUGGGGAUUACGGUAGAAAAGGUUAGGGUCGUACACGACCUUCGCCAAAAUAAGAAAGACGAAGUUGCAGUAAAGGGAUUGUCAGUGUGGACAGUUCCGUCUCCAGUCUCAUGGGCUUGCGGCGCCACGCCCCCACGUGGGCCCUGGAAUUGCUCUUGGCCGCUCGCUUCCGGCCAGCGGCGGAAGUCGCUUCCGGGGCAGCAUGGCGGCCGCGGAGGACGAGAGACAGCUGGGGAGCGGCGAGGGAGAGCGACUAGACUUUCUGCGGGACCGACACGUGCGGUUUUUCCAGCGCUGCCUUCAGGUCCUGCCGGAGCGUUAUUCCUCGCUCGAGACCAGCAGGUUGACAAUUGCAUUUUUUGCACUCUCUGGGCUGGAUAUGUUGGACUCCUUAGAUGUGGUGAACAAAGAUGAUAUAAUAGAAUGGAUUUACUCCCUACAAGUUCUUCCCACAGAAGAUAGGUCAAAUCUAAAUCGCUGUGGUUUCCGAGGCUCUUCAUACCUGGGUAUUCCAUUCAAUCCAUCAAAGAACCCUGGAACAGCUCAUCCAUAUGAUAGUGGUCACAUAGCAAUGACCUAUACUGGCCUUUCAUGUUUAGUUAUUCUUGGAGAUGACUUAGGCCGAGUAAAUAAAGAAGCUUGUUUAGCGGGUUUGAGAGCCCUUCAGCUGGAAGAUGGAAGUUUUUGUGCAGUACCUGAAGGCAGUGAAAAUGACAUGCGAUUUGUGUACUGUGCUUCCUGUAUUUGCUAUAUGCUGAACAACUGGUCAGGCAUGGAUAUGAAAAAAGCCAUCAACUAUAUUAGAAGAAGUAUGUCCUAUGACAAUGGGCUGGCACAGGGAGCUGGACUUGAAUCCCAUGGAGGAUCUACCUUCUGUGGCAUUGCAUCAUUAUGUCUAAUGGGUAAACUAGAAGAAGUGUUUUCAGAAAAAGAAUUAAACAGGAUAAAGAGGUGGUGUAUAAUGAGACAACAGAAUGGUUAUCAUGGAAGACCUAAUAAGCCAGUGGACACCUGUUACUCUUUUUGGGUGGGAGCAACUCUAAAGCUUCUGAAAAUUUUCCAAUACACUAACUUUGAGAAAAAUAGAAAUUACAUAUUAUCAACUCAAGAUCGCCUUGUAGGAGGCUUUGCCAAAUGGCCAGACAGUCACCCAGAUGCUUUGCAUGCAUACUUUGGGAUCUGCGGCCUGUCACUAAUGGAAGAAAGUGGGAUUUGUAAAGUUCAUCCAGCUCUGAAUAUGAAAUACAGUACUGCAUAGGCAGAGUUCGUGUAUGCUGUCAGAAAUCACCCUCUUUUGUUCACCUCCUCCCUUCCCAAAGGCAAGUGCUAUUAUGUCUUAAUUCAUCAUUGAUUGGUUUUGCCUGUUUUUGAACUUUACAUAAGUGUAUAUUGUAUACAUUAUUUUUUAACCUAGCUUCUUUGGCUCUGGAAAACAAUAUAAGGGGACUCUGGUGCUGGUAAUGUUCUGUUUCAUGAUUCAGGUGCUGGUUACUUAGGUGCAUUCAUUUUAUGAAUAUCAAGCUGUACACUUAUGAUUUGUGUACUCUUCUAUAAUUACAUACACUUCAAUAAAAAUAUUUAGUAAAAAUUAAAAGGCUUUCUAUAUGUAUACAAACCUAAAGUAGUUAAAGGAUACACUUCAAGAGAAGACCCCUUUGUGAUUGUAAAAAAAUAAAGUAUAAACUUACUAAGACAUGUCUAAAGUUUAUAUGAGAUGAUGUUUUUUUAAAAGAAUAAAACUCUUCAAAGAAAAAUAGGCUUAAACAAAUGAAAAUAUAUACUCUAUUCAAAACAUGAUUUUCUCCUUAGGUCAGUUUGUAAAUUUAAUGCCAUCCCAAUAAAUAUGUUUGUCUUCAUUUGAGAGAAAGAAUAUCCAUGAAAACAAAUGAAUGAGAAGGGACGAGCCGUGCCAGACAUUAAAACAUAAUUUUAAUUCUUCUUUCACAUCAGCUGUUAGAAUUUAAAAUGUACACUUUGUCCCAACAAUUUCAUAUUACAUAUGCAAGUAGGCAAUGCUAAAGUUUCAAGGAUCUUAUAAUAGUUUUAUAAAAAACAGUGAUUACAAUUACAUUUAUAACUGCAGUUCUAUGCAUUAUUAAGGUAUGGACAAAAAGACAUUGGUAAAUUGCUGAAUGAAUUAAAAGUUUGGUGUCAGUAUAUAAUAGGCAGUCCAGUGGAGCAGAAAAAUUGCAGCAGUAGUCUCAGGUGGCAUAUUAAAGUACAAAAAAAGCAGCAGCUCAAAUCAGUGCAAAAAUGAACUUUUCACUUAGUACUAUUAGGAUGACACUGCUUAUUCAGAUAUUUACAAAUUUUUAAACAUGUCUAAUAACUUCAUUUUUAAUUCUUUGGCUUUUAUGCUGAAUAUUUUAUAAUUUACAGAAAGAAAGCAAUACUCCUAUCCCUACCCCCAGCCUGUACAUUGUGAUCUAGAGGUGACCAUUAUUGUAUAAAAUACAUAUAUGUGUAUGUAUAUAUAUAUAUAUAUAUAUUGCUAUUUGUGCAUUGCAUUGCUCAUCCCAGUACCUUGUAUAUACUUAAAGAAGUACACACAUAUAUGCACAUAUGCAUACUACAUGAAAAUCUGAGAUAUACUAUGUAUUCUGUAAGGUAAUGUUUCUGCAUUCAACAGUAUAUUAGGAAUGCCUUUUUGUGUCUAUACUAUUUAACAGUUAUUAAAACAAGAGUAACACACUACAUAAGUGUAUCCUCGGUGCCUUUUCACAAUUACAAGUAUUUUGCUAUAAGAGCCUCAAAAAAUGUGUCAUUGCCUAUUUGUGUUUGUGCAAAAUUUAUAAAGAGGAAUUGUUGGGUCAAAAAUGCACAUAGCUUCUGAUAAACUGUUUUUUAAGAAAGUCGUACUAGAGCAUCUUCGUACUGAGAUUUUAGGUAUUAUAAUAAAGUAGAUUCUUGGUAGUAAAACACCAUUUGCAACAUUGGUGGCAUUGGAAAAGACUAGUGGCUAGUUCCUCAGUGUUCAUUGUACAACUUCUAAAUAUGAGCCACAAAUACAUAGUGACUCAGGAUCUUUGUGUGUAUACGUAUGUGUACACAUACAUACAUUAUAACAGUGUUGCAGUUCAAAUGCACGUUUUCUGUCUCUAAGACAGGGUUCUUCAUUUCAUGCUACACCAUUUCUUUGACGGAGGUAUUUAUUCCCUCAUCCUCUUGCCUCUUUUCACAUUUUUCCUCAUGUUUGUUUCUAUUAACUUUUCACUAAAGCCCUAACUACAGGAAUAGUUGGUUGCCAUUAAGAGUAUGCAGGAUUUCCUGAACUGAUUGAUAAUAUAGUGCCAUCAUAUCAGAUGCUUCAUUGCAGAGCCUGGUGAGAGGUAUGUUUGCAAAUUCUAGUGGGUGUAUAAAUAUUUCAAAAUAUCUUUUUAAAAAAAUUGUACACGGGAGCUGUGGACAUAAUUGAAUCUUGUGCUUAGCAUGCAAAGGCCCUGGGUUUGAACCCCUGCCCCCCACACAUACAAAUGUAUGUGGGAACAUGAACAGUGCAUAAGAUUCACUAGAGAAACUGAAGUGAAAGUAAAAGAAAUUAUAAGCUUAAGCUCAGCACACAUUUCUUUGUCUUAAAUCCUACUUGAGGAAGUCAGGAGUUUGGUAGAGCUUUAUGAAGUCUCUAAGGAGUGAAAGAAAAUAAUGACUAAAAUAAUUAUUUGAUAAAGUAUAUAGGAGUUAGCUUCCUAGAAUUUUUGGGAAUACAUUUUAGAUAUACAUAGUGAUCUCAUUUGUCAUCGGGAAUUUGUACCUGUACAUGAUAUGU